UCGCACUCUACGCUGAAAAAUCUGUAUCCCAACAACGAAAGCGAGUGCAAAAGUGUUUAACUCAAAAUACCCGCUAGAGGAGCGCGGCGGCCUCACCCAUAAAUUGUUUAAACAAUUAGGAAUAAAAAUCAAUAAAUAAAAACAACACCGCCAGCUGCUAGGACAAGAUGGUCUUCGAGGCAGUGGUUGCCGAUGUCCUCAACAAGGUGCUGGGAGACUAUAUCGAGAACUUGGAUCGUAACCAACUCAAAAUAGGCAUUUGGGGAGGCGAUGUGGUCUUGCAAAACCUAAAGAUACGCGAGAAUGCGCUGGAUGAUUUGGACCUGCCAGUGCAGCUUAUCUACGGCUAUCUGGGAAAACUGGUGCUGAAGAUACCCUGGAAGAAUCUGUACAGUCAGCCCGUGGUAGUGAACAUUGAAGAUCUGUAUGUCCUGGUCUCACCCAACAACAAUGUCAAGUAUAAUGCGGAGAAGGAGGCCAAGUACGAGCUGGAUGCCAAGAUGGCGGCGCUGGAUGCCCUCGAGGCGGCCCGCAAAAAGGAGCUGGAGAAGAUUUCGGCCAAGCCCGAUGCUGGAUUUGCCGAGAAACUAACGGCGCAGAUUGUAAACAAUCUGCAGGUGACGAUAAAUAAUGUGCAUUUGCGAUACGAGGACAGCACAACGACGGGAAGCCCCUUCUCCUUUGGCAUAUCGCUGCACAGUCUGGAGCUCUUCACCACGGACUGCAACUGGGACAAGACCUAUAUGACGCAACAGGCCUCCCAGGUGUUCAAGAUAGCGAAUCUCUCCUGCCUGUCCGUCUACAUGAACUGUACCGCUCGGCUCUUUGCCAACGAGACGACCCCGCUCACUGAACUCUUCCAAACGAGCAUUGCCCGCAAAGACUUCAAGCCAGUGCGCUACAACUACGUGCUGGGGCCCAUAUCGUGCAAUGCCAAGCUGAAGUUGAACAUGAAUCCCGAGUUCGAUAGCCCACCCUUCCAGAUACCCAAAAUAGAUCUCUGCUUGGAAAUGGAAACCCUGAAUGUGGGUCUAACCAACACCCAGUUCGACAACUUCCUCAAGCUGGGCGAUGCCAUGAACCGCAUGCAGUUGGGAGCUCCCUACCGCAAAUAUCGACCGUACGACCUGCCUAUCAAGGGGCAUGCCAAGGAGUGGUGGCAGUUUGCAGCCACAUCCAUACUCGAGGAGCACGUGCGGAGACCCCGACGCUGCUGGACCUGGGCGCACAUCAAGCAGCAUCGCGAUCGCUGCAAUACUUAUGCCCAGAAAUACAAGGAGCGAGAGCUGAGCAAAAAGCCUGCAGCUACACUAAUAGAGACUUGCAGUCUGCUGGAACAGGAAUUGGACGCCUUCAACCUUCUGCUGAUCCGACAGCGUGUCAACAUCGAGAUAGAGAAGCUACGCGUCGCAGCGCCCGUAGAGAAGGCGGGCUGGUUAAGUGGCUGGUGGGGCGGCGGAGCCAAGAAGGAGAACGAAGGCGCCGAUCAGAAUUUUGCACGAAAAUUCGAGGCCGCCAUGACGACGGAGGAGAAGGCCAAGAUGUACAAGGCGAUUGGUUACCAGGAGAACGCAAAGCCCCAGGAUGUUCCCGAAUAUUAUGAAGCGAUUAGAAUGAACUUUAAGCUGAUUGCCUUGGAGGUGGGCGUCUACCAGGACACGCGCUCGGUCGCCGACGCGAGAGUGUCGUACGACUACCAGGAUCUGCCCUCGCUGGUGCUUCUCAAGUUCUCCAUGGCCACGGCCUUGGUGACCCAACGGCCAGCUGCAGAAGCUCUCAGCAUUACGGCUGGCAUGAAGGAGCUCAAGGUGACGGGCCUCGGUCGCGACGACCACACCCCCACGCUGGUGGCAUCAAAGAUCACCGACGAAUUCAAUUUGCUAGACAUAUUCUUCGAGACGAAUCCACUGGACGGGCUAUGCGAUCAGAGAGUCAAGAUCGUGGCGCGUCCUCUGGAAAUCAUUUACGAUGCCGAAACUAUUCUGAAACUCAUCAGUGUCUUUCAGCCGCCCAAGGAUGUGACACUCUCAAGGUUCGAGAACGCUGCCAGCGUACAGCUAACUAGUAUCAAGGAGCGCUCUGCCACGGGUAUGCAAUACAUGAUUGACAUGAAGUCCAUCCUAGAUGCGGACAUCCUGCUGAUGCCGAACAUUCUGGUGGUGCCACACAAAGGGCUCUAUGUGGCUGGCGAGUCCUCCCUUGUGGUCGUAAGCAUGGGACAAGUCCACUUGACUACGCAGACCAGGCGCCGUACGUCGACCAGCCUGUUCAGUUCCAGCAAUAUUCUCAGGAAUGUCAUGGAAAACGCAUAUGACAGAUAUACGAUCAAGGUGGACGACAUUCAGCUGCUGGUGGCGCGGCCUGGCGAGCCAUGGGACCAGGUGCUCAAGGCCGCCGUCUCCACAGACAUGCAUGUGCUGCAGCCCGCCUCCCUGAUGGUUACUGCCGCCCUCUGUGUGGUGGACGAUGACCCCCGCAUGCCCAAGAUGAAGGUUGACAUUGAUUUUGCCACUGUCCAAGUGAACGUCUCCGAGGAUCGGGUGAUAGACGCCAUCUCAGUGGCCACGAGCAUACCCCUGCCAGCCGCCACCGAGCCAGCAGCGCAGCUGGUAAUGACGCGCUCCCGUAGCUCGCUCUCCAAUUUCAUCAACAAGGAGGUGAUCAAGUUUGGCAGCAACGUGGGCAGCAUCAAGGCAACCGCAGUGGAGGAGAUCAUACAGUAUACCAAUCUGGAAGUAAACUUCUCACUGAAAGAGAUCUCCUUCGGCCUGUACCAGUCUAACAGACUGUGCGAAAACGAUUCGGAUGUCACCAUUGAGUUUCUGACACCAGACGGAACACACCUACCGUCCCCUGUGGAUCGGCCACAGACGACAGCAAACGCGGCCGAGCCGAGCCCGGAGGCGUCAUUUUCCAUGCGUUCUUCGCCGCAGAUUUUGUCCGUCCAGAUGCACCAGCUUGAGGCUACUUUGGCUCAGCGAACAUACGAGACAGUUGCCACAGUCAAGCUGGGGGGCGUGAAGAUCAAACAGUUCGACUGCCAGGACAACAACCAGGAGGUAUUGGACAUAAUUGAUACGCCUGGAUACACAGAGGGUCAGGAAUUGGGCGAGGACGUUAACUACCUGUUCACCAUCUCGUGUACGAUUGCUGACAAGACGUCGCCAGAGUUCAGCACCAAAUAUAAUUCCACCGAGCAGCUAAUUGUCGCCAACUUUGAGGUGCUGCAGAUUGUGCUGCAUCAGGAGUGUCUGCUUCGAGUGCUGGAGCUGGUAAGGGAUUUACAGAAGAGCCUGGACGAUUUGCUGCAGCACGACAAGCCGCAGGACCGGUAUGCCCUCGCUGGUGCUGGCGAUGGGCUCAAACAGAAGCUGAAUGUCAUCCUGGAGGACACUGAGCAAAUCCUGACCACCAAGCAGACUAGAAAUCGACGGAUGAAGGAAUCCCAGCGGCGUGUAGAGAGCGUGAAGCUUCGCUUGAUCGCCAACCUCAAUAAAGUGGGAUUGACGCUCACCUCGAGAAGUCGCCCGCUGGCGGAGAUGAACGUAAAGACAUUCGUAGCCAAUUUGACCAUGAAGAGCUCCUACACGGAGCUGAACCUCGGUCUCAAGGAUAUCCAGAUCAUUGACCUAAACCCUAACACGAUUCACGACAAUAUAUUGAGCAUUGUCGGCCAGAAUGCCUUUAACUGCCAGGUGGUUCUCUACAACAAGCCCGAAACUGUCGACUACAAUUCUGAUGACAUGAAGAUCACAGUGGAUAUUGGCUGCAUGAAGAUUAUCUUUUUAAAUUGGUUUGUCGCUGGCGUGCUGAACUUUCUCAACAAUUUCCAAGCUGCCCAGAAGGCGCUGUCCGAGGCCAGUGCUGCUGCAGCUGAAUCCGCCCGCCAGAAAGCGAUGGAUGCCUACGAGACGGCGACGCGCAUGAAGAUGAAUGUGCGGAUAAAGGCACCCAUCAUCAUUAUACCCAUCGACUCCAAUAGCAGGGAUGCGUUGUCCCUCGAUCUGGGAAUGCUAGAGCUAACGAACAAUACCGUGACGGUCGCAGUGGCCGAUAGAACCGAACGGGCCGUCAUUGACGAGAUAAAGCUGCAGCUGAGAGACGUCAAACUGUCCAAGGUUGUCAUAUUAACUGGCAACGAGUCCAUGAUAGAUGACGUGGAUGCUGCCGUUGGCUUUAAGUCCAAGUUUAACAUGAUGAACCCCAUGAGCUUCACUCUGCUGGUCACUCGCAAUCUGUCGAGCACCUGGCACAAGGAACUGCCCGAGCUGAAUCUGUCCGGUCGCCUGAAGUCCAUAGAGCUCACACUUUUCGCUGACGAUUACGCUCUGGUCAUGUCGAUCUUGAACCGCAAUCUGAACGAGGGCGUGCAAGAGUUCCCGCCACGUGACGACCCACCGUCCACUCAACCAUCACCGACGCGGGCAAGCGUACUCACCGAUGGUCGUAGCACCCGAAAGCCUUCCUUCCAAGCCCCGACGUUGCUUAAGAACGAAAAGAUCUAUGAGGUGCUCAAGUUCAAUUUCCAGUUUGAUGGCGUGAUAAUAAAUCUGAUGGAGGACGAAAACGAAGGACUGGCGCGCUUUGGCAUAUAUUUCCUAUCUGUCAAGGGCACUAAGCUGGUCAACAACACCCUGAGCACUUCCCUGGUUCUCUGCAACAUUCAAUUGGAUGACAUGCGGACGAAAACCAAGAGCCAGAUAAGGCAGUACUUGAGCCGCAAAGACUGGGUGCAGGCAAAGCUGCCGACGGACGAGAUCAUUGACGCCUGCUACAAUGAGCGCAACUUUAUGGUUGAUGUCACAGCCAUUGUCAAGGAGAACGAUAUCUUUGCCGAAGUUCGUGUGCGUGGCUUCGAUUUGAUCGUCUGCAUCGACUUCCUGCUCAAGCUGACCAAUUUCCUGAUCCUGCCGCCAGACACCACACCGCGACAGUCUCUGGAUGUGCAGCCCAUUUCGGAGACGGCUCAAUAUGCGCAGAAUUCCAUCCGGGAUUCAGCCGUAAUGGCAGCCAGCGAGUUUAUUGACAAGGAGUCAGUGGCUGCUGGUCCCAACAAGAAGAUAAACCUCAUACUGCAUAUCGAUGAACCGGACAUAAUAUUGGUGGAAAGCUUGGACGAUCUGAACACAAAUGCCAUCAUCUUCAAUGCUCAAGCUCAUCUCAACUAUCGCGCCAUAGAUAACAAACAGAUCAUCAAUGGACAAAUCGAUGCACUCAAGAUUUACAUGAGCGCAUUCCUGCCAGAGCGGCGGGAGCAAACGCGCCACUACAUUUUGCACCCGUGUGUGAUCAGCCUGCAGGGUUCCACACCCGAAGAACAGGGUCUGCACAUUAGCCUCAAGCUAAGCGACAUUAUAAUCAACGUGUCCCCUGCCACCAUCGAGCUGCUGAACAAAGCGAUAAUGAGCAUAGCUAGCGGUUCUGCAGGCAAGGCAGUCGUAGAAAAGGAAACUAGGGACUACUCACAGCUCUGGUACCCGCAGAAAUUCCGCAACCGAACCUAUUGGUUCACCAGGGUGGACCAGGGAUUCGAUGCCCUGCAAUAUAUGACCAACGAAACAUCGGAUGCCUCGAAGCAGAAAACUGAGAAGUGCGUCAUUGAGCUGCCCAGCAUCACGGUCGUGAUUGAGUCGGGCGUGGGAUACUACACCAAGCCACUCAUAUGCUUGGACACACGCAUCACAGCCGUCUUUAACAAUUGGAGCCGUAAUCUAAGCGCCCAGGGAUCCCUGACCCUCAACAUGAACUACUACAACCAGUGCCUCGCCGAGUGGGAGCCAAUCAUUGAGCUGAACGAGGUGGUGGGCCGCAACGGAGUAAGCGAGUACACUCCGUGGGAGCUGAAGUUCGAGCUGGCCACUGAGAAGGUGCAGAGCGAGACAAACGAUGAGUUGCAGCAGCAAACUAUCAACAUGGUGAUUCAUUCGGAUGAAAAUCUAGAGAUAACAUUCAGCAAGACAAGCCUGGCGCUGCUCGGCGAACUGAGCGAGGCUUUCUCGCAGGCCAUCGACCAGAAGGGUCUGGCCAAGCCGGACAUUGUGGCGCCCUAUGUCGUGGAGAACGACACGGGCUUCGAGCUCACCAUCGAUCUGCGCAGUGGCAUCUUUACCCUACACGAGGUUCAUCGUGGGGGUGUUCAUUCGGUCAACAGUUCAUUGGUUAUAUCCUCAAGCGAGCUCUCGUCGGAGGUCGAUCCCAAUGACAUACAAAUUUGCACAAUUUCACCAGGAGGGCGAGCCUAUCUGCAGACCAAAGAUCUGAGCACAUUAACCGAUGAGCAGGGAGAGGACUACAAUCUCUAUUUGCAGAUUGGUUCCAUCGAGAAGGGAGUCGUGGUGCCGGUGUCAAAGUCCGACACGCGAUACUUCCCCCUGAUGCGAGGCAUAUCCCAUGAUCCCUGGGGCAUUAUUUCCGAAGUGAAGCAAGACUAUGGCACCACCACAGUAAACAUUCAUGGUGUCGUCAGCGUAUUUAACCACUUUACCACCACCAUUAGCGUGUACCGGCGCAAGGCGACGGAUGGAAGUGUUCUUUUAGUGGGCAAUGCUGGUCCUGGCCAAGUGUUCCAUGUGCCCCUGCACGCUAUCUACGCGGACUCCAAGGAGUUAUUCUUCUCCUUGCCGGGCUACAAGACCUCGGUGCAGGGUAUUUCCUGGAACGCCAGUCCCUCGGACCUAAACUACUCGCAUCAGCUGCAGUGCGACCCCGUCUCCACAUUCGAACCGCUGUACAUAAAUGCCACAAGGCAGAAGGAUGAGGUCUACCACGAGAAUACCAACAAAUUCAAGCUGCUGAGCGCCUUCUACACCAUCCACUUGCGACCGCCUCUGUACCUACGUAAUGCCCUGCCCAUAAACAUAAUGGUUUCGGUGGCUGGUUGCUCUGUGCGAAAGGACUCGCUCGAGGUCAGCUCCACCGAUUUGGUUAGGAAGCAUAACAAGGAGGACUUCCUGGACUAUGGCGAGAAACAAGUGAACCCUGGCGACGUGCUCCAUUUGCCUACAGUCCGCCUGUCGGAGAAGGGAAGGGACGGAAAAAGCUUUCUGGUUGUGCGACUGCUGCAAUACCUAGAGAAGGACUGGUCCUGUGCCACCGAAAUCGCCCAAUACAACGGAGACCUCACGACCUGGACAUUUUCCUCAUACGAUUCUGAGAUGAAAGUCGAUAUGGAUCUCAAUGUGCGACCAGAGAAUCGACACGGCAGCACUAUGCUCACGCUGUUCAGCCCCUUCUGGAUGAUUAACAAAACGGGAGAGAUGCUCACGUAUAAGACGGACUCCACAUCCGUAGAGGUGCUGUAUCAUCCGCCGGAGUACAGUGGACCCAUACUCCUUACCUUCCGCGAUAAGAUGUUCUUCGAUAAGAAGAAGGCUUCGGUUCGCUGCGACAAUGGAGACUGGAGCGAGAAGAUUCCCCUCGACGUGGCCGGCUCGGUUGGCGAGGUCACCUGCCAUGCCAACGAUCAGAACUAUCACAUCGGCGUCCACAACCACUUGACACAGGACUCGUUGACCAAGCAGAUUACGUUCAUACCCUUCUAUAUCGUGUGCAACAGAUGCCCCUAUAAAAUCGAGCUUCAGGAGCAAAGCCGCCCGGGCGAUCCGUGGAUGACUCUUAAGCCGAAUCAGUUUGAGCCCCUUUGGCCGAAAAACGACCACAAGCACAAGCUCGUGGUUAAGGUGGACGACAAGGUGACGCCUGCCUUCGACUACACGGAGGUGAUCUGUACCCUGCUGAAGCUGGAGAACAGCAUACAUGGAGGCGUUAACGUCGAUGUGCAGACAACGGAGGGCGGCGUGUACAUAACCUUCACAGAGUACAAAAAAUCCGAUGCACCGGGGCUGCUCAUCAAUCACACUCAAAGGGAAAUCGCCUACCACGAGAAGAACACCAAAGAUCAGAAUAUUCUGUAUGCCAAAAGCAAUAUAAUGUUCGCGUGGAGUGAUCCGACGGGGCCCAAGGUUCUUGUUUUUGGAAAAAACAAACAGGAAACCGAUCUGCGCCGUGACGACAUUGGUGAGGUCGUCAUGCAGGACGGCACCAAGGUGUUCUGGGUCUCCUUUCUGGACGGCCUGCAGCGUGUGUUGCUCUUCACCGAAGACGAGUCGAUAGCCAAACGUACGGAAUCCACCGCCGCCCUUCAGACGAUUACGCAGAGCAUUGAUCUGCGCAUCCAUGGCAUCGGCCUGUCUGUGAUAAACAAUCAGACCGGUCUGGACAUACUGUACCUGGGGGUCACCAGCUCUGGCAUCAUUUGGGAGUCGAAGAAGGAAAGCAAGAAGCGCUUUAAGGAGAUGACCAUACACGAGACUGAUCUUCUGGAGGCCGCGUACCAGCGGUAUCUGGUGCACAAAAGCAUCAACGAUGUCCAGAGCUACAGGCUGGACAAUAAAUUUCCGAUCGAUUUCGAUAACAUGGUGUUAAAGAAGGCCACUGAUCUACAGCUGAGACGCAGCUUCUACCCGGCCAUUUGGGUGUCGAACAAGUCGUCGCCAUUCCAGAAUCAGCUUCAUAUCAAAAUUAAUCGCGUCCAGGUGGACAACCAGUUCAUCGAUCCCAUAUUCCCAGUGGUGCUAGCACCGAUACCGCCGCCCAAGAGCGUGGCCAGCACAACGACCCUCAAGCCGUUCAUUGAGUGCAGCAUGGUGCAGCGCGUCAUGCCCAACUCGACGGUCAAACAGUUUAAGUACGCCAAAAUACUGAUUCAGGAGUUCCACUUCAAGGUGGACAUACUGUUCCUCACGGCCAUUGCUGAGAUGUUUGCCAAGGAGGUGUCGGACGAGGUGGCAGCCAAGCAGUUCCGCCAGGACGUAGACUCCAUUGAGCAGCCCCUGUCUGCCUUCUUCGAACUUCACUCGCAGCAGCAGCAGAAAAACUUCUACGACAGUCUCCACUUGGGGCCACUCAAGAUACACGUCAGCUUCUCGAUGGCUGGAUCAGACACCACUGCACUGCCCGGAUUUCUGGGAACCCUGGUGCAAGGCGUGGGCGUGACCCUAACCGACGUGAACGAUGUCGUGUUCCGCCUGGCCUUCUUCGAGCGCGAAUAUCAGUUUUUCACCCAGCAGCAACUGAUCAACGAGAUCACCUCCCACUACACGGGCCAGGCACUGAAGCAGCUCUAUGUCCUCGUCCUAGGCCUGGAUGUCCUUGGCAAUCCCUAUGGCUUGGUAAUUGGACUCAAAAAGGGAGUAGAGGACUUGUUCUAUGAGCCAUUCCAGGGGGCUAUACAAGGGCCUGGCGAAUUCGCUGAGGGUCUGGUGCUGGGCGUUAAGUCCCUCUUCGGUCACACUGUAGGCGGAGCCGCUGGUGCCAUGUCCAAGAUUACUGGCGCUAUGGGCAAGGGACUGGCAGCGCUUACCUUUGACGAGGAUUACCAAAGGAAACGGCGGCAGGGCAUGAACAACAAGCCAAAGAACUUCCAUGAGGGAUUAGCACGAAGCAGCAAGGGCUUGGUGAUGGGCUUUGUCGACGGUGUCACUGGUGUUGUAACCAAACCUGUUAGUGGAGCUCGCGACCAUGGCGUUGAGGGUUUCUUCAAAGGACUGGGCAAGGGAGCUAUUGGUCUGGUCGCUCGCCCCACCGCUGGUGUGGUUGACUUCGCCAGUGGCAGCUUUGAGGCGGUGAAACGCGCCACAGAGGCUAAUGAAGACGUCAAGCGGCUGCGUCCCACACGCUUCCAGCACCAUGAUCAUGUGCUGAGACCCUACUGCUACAACGAGGCCAUGGGCAACAAAAUGCUGAAGGAACUCGACAAGGGAAAAUAUUCCAGCACGGAUAGCUUCGUUCACUGCGAAGAGAUCAUUCAGAAGGCCGAGUAUCUUCUGGUAACCAACUACCGGCUGGUGUAUAUCCAACGUAACGAGAUGUUCGGCGUCUGGACGUCGCUCUGGUCGUACCUAUGGAAUGACAUUAGCUCCGUUGAGGCAACUUCUCGCGGUGUACAAAUCACUGUCAAAGUGGAAGGCAAGAAGGUGCUCGGCUUUUUCAGCAGCAAGGAAUCACCCCGCAAGCUGGUGCUGCUGGGAGAUGAUCGCAAGCGACGCGCCCUCAAGGAAAUUAUCGAAUCUCAUAUAAGGGACAGCUUGUCCAACGUCCCUGGCACAUCCUUAUACCCAGAUCAGCACAAUAACUAAACUUGAAUUUAUCACCCAACUGUAUUAUAAUCCAACACAUCCCCACGGUGGCAUCAGUGUCAGCUACUACCUCGAUCCACCAUCAGUCUGCCUGCGGCUACUCUAUCUAUGCGUUGAGAGUAAACGCAAAUGAAUCCACAAACCUAUCCACACGCAAUAAUGAAUGCUUUUACGUACAGCA